AUGCUGGAAUCGAUGAUCAUGAACCGAAUCUUUCGGUACUUCAUGAAGUUCCACGGGUACUUCAUCGCGUUCUGCACGAUCUUCUUCACCUCCGUCAUCAUCGUGAGCUCGUUUAUGGGCCGGGACGUCCACGACGAACCGCUGUUCGUGGAAGAAGAGUUCGAACCGGUGCUAAAGUUUCCCGUACUGAUACAACUCGAAUCGGUCCUGUGGUUGACAGCAUCGGUGAUGCUGGUGGCCGGACUGUACAAGGAAAGCAAGAAUUACAUCACUCCGUUCUUGGCGCUCUUCAUUGCGGACGGUGUGGUCGUGAUCGUGCAGGAAACGGUUAACCUGUGCACGGGACGAAUGUCCGAGCUGGCCACGAUCGAUACACGCCAGCUAGUUGUGAUGAUAUUGGCAAACGUGUACGUGCUGGUCAGUCUGAUCGUGCUCUAUCGAAUGUUUGGCAAGGAACCGCUGCCAACCACACACAACAACUUCGUACGCUUCGACAACGAGCAGGACGUGGAGACGGGUACUGGCAAUGGGCAGCCAGCAACGGUAGUUCCCACAGCGCCACCAUCGACCAUCUUACCCAAUGUCAACGGUUCGUUGAACCCGUCCGGUUUCGCGAGUAAUGGUGUCACAGCACAGCACGCGACCUAGAGGGUGUGGAUGACUGACUGGAUGACUAACCGUACGCAGAAACCCU